AUGGCUACAAUUUUCUUCUCCUCAGCUCUUAUUCUAACCAUAACUUUGUCCCUCCUCACAAUUCCAGUAACUUCCUCACUUCAGUUAAGAUUUUACCAAAAAUCUUGUCCUCAAGCAGAAUCAAUAAUCAAAAGAAUAGUGAAAAAUAAUUUUGGAAAAGAUCCAUCUAUACCUGGCGGAUUAAUUCGCUUAUACUUUCAUGAUUGUUUCAUCAGGGGUUGUGAUGGGUCUGUUCUUAUCGACAGCGAAGGAGGCAAUGCAGCUGAAAAGGAAGCUCCACCAAAUUUGAGUUUAAGAGGAUUUGAGAUUAUUGAUGAAAUAAAACUGGAAUUAGAGAAACACUGUCAAGGUGUUGUUUCUUGUGCAGAUAUAUUAGCCUUAGCAACUCGAGACAGUGUUGCUUUAUCUGGAGGGCUGGCGUACAAGUUACCCACUGGAAGAAGAGAUGGAACGAUAUCAAGAAUGGCCGAUGUCCAUGUACCGGGACCAUCUUUCUCUAUUGAUAGAGCAUUAACGGCUUUCAAGAAUAUUGGCCUUGAUUUGGAUGAUCUCACUACUUUACUGGGUGCUCAUUCGAUCGGAUUAUGUCAUUGUGGAUUUUUCAUAGACCGCUUAUAUAAUUUUGAAGGGAGGGGUCUAGCCGACCGAGAUCUAGACCCUGAACUAGUAGUUCAUCUAAAACAGAAGUGUCCAAGACAGCAACCAAAUCAGGUUUUUAAUCUAAGCCAAGACCCAACGGUGUUCAUGAAUCCUUCAAGCAAUACAAAUUUCAAGUUAGACAGUGCAUUUUAUAGUAGCGUCAUAGAUGGAAAAGCACUACUUCAAUUAGAUCAAGGUUUGGCUUUCACAGACCUUACUAGCAAACUAGCAGCAAAGUAUGUAAGUGAACCACAACUGUUUCGAAAGAAGUUCGCUAAGGCUAUGAUCAAAUUAGGUAAUAUCGGAGUUCUAACUGCGGGACAAGGUGAAGUGAGAUUGAACUGUAGAAUAGUAAACAAAAGAGGUUAAUUAUUUUGUUUGUUUUAUUUAGUUGUUGUGGAGUUUCAACUAUUUCGAUUUAGUCCUAAGAACAAGCGACCCAUGCUUGCAUUUUACCCUAUGUUGCAUCGUUCCAAGCUUGCCUCCAGUAUGAGAGA